UCGUUCCCACGGCAUGCCCGGCAUCGGAAUGGUCUCUCUCGUUUGGCCAUGCGCAGAAUGCGUCCUGGGCUGUUGAUUUAAACGGCGUCCUUUGAGAUUGCGCCUAGAGACAAAGAAUUGCUGGCAGAGAUGGUGUGAGUUAAGUCGUUGUCAGAAGAUCACUACAAAAGCUUGUAGACAUUUUUGAUCGUUUUUGGGAAUCUUCAGGAUGGCAUCGGCAUGCAUUGGCUAUUGGAUGUUACUUCGUUUCACUUGAGAUGUCACAGGUGGAGUCCAUCGCGAGUGUUUGAUGGUUCGGGAGUCCAUGAGGUGAUUUAGCAGUGGCAAAUAGACAAGGUUGUUUUUUGCUGGACCCAAUUGGCCGGAUGGCUUGUAAGUGGGUAGCUAUCUCCCUACAUGCUUCAGAUAUGUUCAGAUCAUACACAUUAAAGCGGCGGUUGGACCUAUGUUGGUGUGGGUGCUCCCCUUUGUGGGGGGGUGGCACCAUCUGCAUCUACAAGACUACUGAGAUCUCUCUGUCCGUCCUCGUACGCGUCCGCGGACGACCUGCAGGUUUGGCGCCACGGAGUCUGCCUCGCUGCUGUUGGCGCUCAACGCCAGCGCGGACGCGGCACGGAAGGACGGCGCCACGCCGCUGAUGAUCGCCGCGCAGGGCGGCAAGGCAGGUGUCAUCAUGCAGCUGCUCAACAACACCGCGAACAACACGGCGACGGUGGACCUCGCCCGGGAGGAUGGGUGUACAGCACUGAUGUUCGCUGCCAUGUCGGGGCAUGGGCCCAUCGUGGAGAUGCUGCUGAAGGCGGGUGCCAAUCCCGAUACGGUGGAUGCGAAUGGCGUCACCGCCAUCAAGAUUGCCAAGCAGAAUGGCUUCCCCGACGUGGUGCGGCGUUUGCGGAACGCCGGCGCCAGUGGCAUGCUAGGUGCUGGUCGGGCGGUGGACAUCAACGAGCUCUUCACCUGAUCCGGUGGACGCCAACCCGCUGUGCGGUCGGGCGCGGCCCC